CUCAAAAUUUGGCAUUGCAUGUUCUAGAGCUUAACCUGUUUUUCAAUGUCUACUAUAUUAAAGCUUUGUUUGAAAUUUCAAGAAAUUGUUUCUUUGUUUGUUCUUAAAGCAAUGGCCGGAUUUGGAACUCAGCUUUUCAUUGUUAGAAUGAUCAACAAAGCUGUUUUUGCUGCUUUCACCUGCAUUUUUGCAUUAGGAGGGGCUGUGGUGGGAGUAGUGAUAGGAGCCAUAAAAGGGCAGACAACAGAAACUGGGUUUGUUAGAGGCUCAGGAAUUGGUGCAGUUGCUGGUGCAAUCACUGCUGUUCAGCUGCUUGAAUCAGUUGCUGAUGGUGAGCCGUUGUCCAAGGUAGCAUUAUUUUAUAGUUUGAUGAAUGGGAAGGUCUUCAUGGAAUGGGUAAGUCCUGCAUUGCUAAAAGCUUAUCAGUGGCAAGUCAGUGCACUGGAAACUACUUACAGAGAGAUUUCAGACAUUUAUGAUACAACUGGAAGUAGAGGAUUGUCCAAGAAUUUCAUUCAAAACCUCCCUGAAUUUACAUUCCAAUCUACCAACAUUCAAUCCCAUGAAUUUUGCUGUUCAAUUUGCUUGCAGGAUUUUAGAGAUGGAGACUCAAUGAGGAAACUUCCCAAUUGUGGGCACUUUUUUCAUUUGGAUUGCUUAGAUGAAUGGUUGACAAGAAAUGGGUCUUGCCCAAUGUGUAGAAAUUCUGUUUGUGAUGAUGAUUAAUAUUAUGUGUAAUGUAAAUAUAUGUAAUUAUUCAACAAAAAAAAUAUAUGUGAUUAGUCAUAAGUCAUUACAAUGCAAUUAUAAAUGCAAAUCAAAAGCUAUGAAAACAAUAAUUUGAUUUCUAUAAUGCUAAAUUGACAAAGUUUCAGGUUA